AUGGAGUAUUUAUCUGAAUCGACUCGGAAGAAAGGGGUGAUACUCAUAUUGGCGAUUUUUUGUGGCGCUGUGUACCUAACUCUCAACCCCGAUGUUGUCUCGAUGAAAACUUUUGUCGAUGACAACAACCUUCACGCAAUGAAUAUCAGAGAAACCGUAUCAACUGAGGUGCUACAAAAAGCACAGGAGAUGUUUAACGAGUUCAUCAGCAGUCGAAACAAGACUGAAAAACUGAUUGAAAUCAUGGGACGGAUGAGAUACGACACUUCUGUGUAUUCUGACCAAUACAAUCUGACGGGUGUGUUGUCUGUACUUCGUCCGCGACGAAGCGAAGACAGAUCUUGUAUAUUGGUGGUUGGGAGAUACUCAACAAACCCCAACUCAACACUGAACCCACAAUCAUUUCCUUCACUUAACACUUUGUCUUCAGUAUUUGCGCUUGCUUCGGAGCUUGAGAAACAGGUGUGGAUCUCAAGGAAUGUGCUUUUUGCACUUUUGGAUGAUACCACAAAAAUUGGGAUCAACGACUUCAUCACAAAUUAUAUAAAAACGCCCAUUUGCGGAAGGAUAAUCGCAGGACUUGAACUCGAUAUCGAGCCAUCGUUGUACGGAGCAACAGAACUCCACACAGUCAUUUCAGGAACACCAAAACCAAAUCAAGACAUCGUCAAUGGGUAUGUCCACAACAUGAAAUAUCUCUACCGUAAUAUGGAUAUCAUUACCCCAUUCUCUAAAUAUGCACCUUCGUUCUUACAAUCACUUCUAUUGGAAGCGUCUACCAUUAGAUACACAGACACUUACAACGGACCUUUACACGACAUCGAUGUGUUACAAAUUCAAACAACGUUCAAUGCAUCAAAAGUCUCCACCUCGGUUCCACACAAAUAUUUAGUGUCGUCGUAUCUGUCCUUAAUUAGGUCUUUUAACAACCUUUAUCAACAAUUGCAGUACUCGACGUAUUUCUAUAUAUUCACUGAUGUACAGAAGUAUCUCCCAUUCCCUGUGUGCAUCGGGCUGUGUGUCGCAUUUCUUUCACCGCUUCUCUUCACUGUGCUUGCCUCUGUAAUACCACAAGCUGUUUAUUACAUUUUAAAACCAAAAGAGACUGGAAAAGAUGGCGAAUUGAUUGUUUCUAAGGACGCAGAGUUAACGGAAAAGACUGAAAUCUCACACCCCAGAAUUAGUCUGUUUUUCUUUUUCAGUUUAGUGAGUGUGGGAUUGUUUGUCGCGUAUCUCUGUGUGUUUGGGUGGCAUGAGGUGUCGAUUGAAGACAAAUACACAUUUGAAAGCUUUACUGAUAUUGAGAAAUCCACAUUGGUGAUUAUUGGCGUUGUUCCAGUUCUUCUUCCAGUCAUUUUUUCAUUCUUCUCAACACAUGACUUGGCUCAACUGCGCUUGAACUUAUCAUUCAGCUCAUUGUUGCCAGUAUUUUAUAUCGCCGUGGAAGUCUAUUUGAACCAACCACUUGCGCUUGUCACCGCAGCGUGUACAGGUAUUGCCAGUAUUGUUCCCGUUGUUGUGUUGUUUUACAAGAAAAGAAUGACAAAAGUAGGCAAAGUGUGGAGCGCAGCGACGUCUUUAAUUGGAGCAAGUGUCAUCUUGUACGAGACAUAUGCUGAUGUCUCGAUAUUGGCAUUCACCCCAAUGAUGGCAUUCACAGGGAUUGUUGUAUACACCCCCUUUUCAAUGAGUCUGAUAUAUGUCAUGUUCUGCUUUGACAAGCUUGAGAAGAGUACAACAGGAGAGGAAAACAAGGAGAAAGUCGAUUGA